CCAACAAGACGAGCUUGGCUGCAGACCGACCAGGAGCAAGUGAGUGCAGAUAGCUUCAAGCUAACGCUAGCUAUCACAACAUUAUUUACCCCAGUUUGGGGCUUUAAUCAGUCAUUGGUUUGCUAGCUCGCCCAGGGCUGGCUUCACUGGCCAAACAUGCAGAAAUAUGAAAAGCUUGAAAAAAUCGGAGAGGGAACGUACGGGACAGUUUUCAAAGCUAAAAACAGAGAAACCCACGAAAUUGUGGCUUUGAAGAGGGUCAGGUUGGACGACGACGACGAGGGGGUGCCAAGUUCAGCUCUGAGAGAAAUCUGUCUCCUGAAGGAACUAAAGCAUAAAAACAUAGUCAGACUACAUGAUGUUUUGCACAGUGACAAGAAGUUAACCUUGGUUUUUGAAUAUUGCGAUCAGGAUUUGAAGAAGUAUUUUGACAGCUGCAAUGGGGACCUAGAUCCUGAAACUGUGAAGUCAUUCAUGUAUCAGCUGUUGAAAGGCCUGGCCUUCUGUCACAGUCGAAACGUUCUUCACAGAGAUCUGAAGCCACAGAAUCUCCUCAUAAACAGAAACGGGGAGUUGAAGCUGGCCGACUUUGGGUUGGCUCGAGCCUUUGGCAUACCUGUGAGGUGUUACUCUGCAGAGGUGGUGACAUUGUGGUACCGGCCUCCCGAUGUGCUGUUUGGUGCUAAACUUUAUUCUACCUCAAUUGACAUGUGGUCUGCUGGAUGCAUAUUUGCAGAGCUGGCCAACGCUGGAAGGCCUUUAUUCCCCGGGAACGACGUGGACGACCAGUUGAAAAGAAUCUUCAGAUUGUUGGGUACACCAACUGAAGAGCAGUGGCAGACGAUGACGAAACUCCCAGAUUACAAGCCAUAUCCCAUGUAUCCAGCCACCACCUCACUGGUGAAUGUGGUCCCCAAACUAAGUAGCACAGGACGGGAUCUACUGCAGAACCUGUUAAAAUGUAAUCCCGUCCAGAGGAUCUCUGCAGAGGAGGCCUUGCAGCACCCUUACUUUGCUGAUUUCUGCCCACCCUAAAUGCUAAAUGGCCUCUCGCUGAACCUCCGCCGCCAGAAUCAAUCAUCCUUCACUCUGUUGGGUCAUUAGGACCGGUCCCAACAAGGCAAAUCCCUCACCAGUUUUCAAACACUCCCCUGCAUCUCAUUCUGUCGUGCCUCUGUGUGGAACAAAGUCCUGGUGGCUCUGCAAGGUUUUAGGUUCUUUUAAGUUGCAAGCCUGUUUAAUUUGGUACAUACACGCCUCCCAGUUAAUUAGCACUAGCGUGGGAGGGUGCGGUAUGUGUCGCAUUGAAUAAAUUGUCUACCUGUGGAAACGGCUGAGAACAAAACACCCCUCUGCUCCAAAAGACUUUAAUUAACAUGCUGUUUAUUUCUCACGUUUAAGUGGUUCAUGAUGAAUGAAAGACGGCCCUUUGAAUCUGCGGUGGUCUCAUUUGGUGAAUUCAUUUUGUUUACCUAAAACUCAAAGUGCUGGCACAUACUGCAUCAGCUCUGACAUUAUGGUCUCUGGUCCUGUUGUGGUGUGUUUUGCCACUUUGCUUCCAUUAAUAGAAGUCUUACCUUUGGUGGAGAGAGUGUUGAGUUUUGAUGCCAAUACCAAUAUUAAUAUUUCAGAGAUUAGAAAAUGUGAUCUUGAUAUAUUGGCCAUAAAAACAAAGCAUAAACUUGUUUUAUUAUUAUGAGCAUCACUUCAAUUUGGUUUUUAAAGCAUUGUGAUUUGGCUGUAGCUCCUCAUGAGCUGUGAUAAAUGCUGGCGCUGACACUGAUACAUGUGUGAGAAGUUAAUACCCAGUUAUAUAUUGGCUCUAGAGGAGACCACAGGUUCCUGAGACAGCUGAUGCUCCAGUGUUCCUAUUUCAAAUAUAUUCAAAUUUCAAUUUAAAUUGCUCAUUUGUCGGUUUUAGAACCGCAAGUGAGCAAUUAAUCUGAACAUUUAAAAGGCUGAAUUUGUUUAGUGUCUUUUCAGGAUAACAUGCUGAUUUUGUUUUACAAGCCUGUAAAUUCCAAAUUUCAGAGGAAUUUUUUUGGAUAUAAAUACUGUAUGUAAUUUGGUACUAAUUUAUUUACUUAUUUUUUUCAAGGAAUUACUCCUUUUAAACCUUUUGUACACACUUAAAAAGUGUUCACUCGUUAUUAGAAACUUUUUACACAGGUUUAAUUUUUCUUUUUUAUUUAUAAUAAGAAAAAAUACUCCUAUGUUAAUACUAAUACAUUAUUCACUUAUUAUUGGACUUUUUUUUUCUUCAGUUUUUGCAAAAUUUAAAAUAAAAAUAAAUAAAGAAACCUGCCUAAAUAGUUAAAUUACUCACUUGUUAUUUUGAAAAUUUUGCAUAGGUUUAUUUUUUAUUUAAAAUAAAAAAUAAACAAUUACACCUGUGUAAAUAAUUAUUCACUUGUUGGAAAGUUUUUACACGGGUUUAAUUUUUUAUUAAUAAUAAAAAAAGGUGUCGAUUAUUGGACUUUUUUUUUUCAUUUAAAAUAGUAAUAAAUAAUAAAAUCUGUGUAAAUACUUAGAAAUUACUCACUUAUUUGGAAAAUUUUGCAAAGGUUUAUUUUUUUUAUUAAAAUAAAAAUAAACAAACCUGUGUAAAUAAUUAUUCACUUAUUAUUGGAAAGUUUUUACACAGGUUCAUUCUUUAUUUAAAAUAAGAAUUAAUAAUUAAACCUUUGUAAAUACUUAUAAAUUAUUCACUUAUUGGAAAGCUUACACAGGUUUAUUUUUUAUUUAAAUUAAAUGUAAAUCAUUAAACCUGUGCAAAUAAAAUACUAUAAUAAUAAAUGACAUUCUCAUCAUUGGAAACUUCAUCCUCCAUAUGAACUAAAUUUGUCUGUACAUAAAUUAAAACAGUUCGUCUGCUUCGUACUGACUAAAAGACUCUGGAGGUUACACUAGCAAUUAAUUAGAAUUUAGUAAUUAAAAGUAUACCAGUUGAACACAGUCUCUAUUUUCCCUCUGAUUAUUACCAAAUUACAUACUUCUUUCCUGGAGAUUAAAAGGCAAUUACAGACCUGUAAAAUACGCUGCCGUAUCAUGACUUAUUUUACAUUUCAGACCGGAACAGAAAACACACUUACACAUCCCAACAUUACAAUUCUUUGUCCCACUACCUAUUACAAGAUUGUAUAAUAGCACGGGAAGCUAAUUUAUAACUUUCUUUUUUCUCAGGCUUUAUUAUGUCCCCUUUUUUAUUUGUCUUUUGUGCACUUUGUAAGUUUUAUUUUAAAUCGUUUAGGUCUCACUAUAAUAAAUAUGUUGAACACUGACAGCCAGGAUUAUAGACGGUUAUCAAUAAAUGGGCCAAUACACACAUAUAUAUGUAUAUUGUAUAUGUUAAUGACUAGUGGACCAUUAGUGACACAUUACUUUUUUUUUUUUUUUACAUCAUCUUUAUCAUAAUUAUACUAAUGUCUUUUAGCUUUUCUGAAAUGCUUUUGUAUUUGUUAAAUUAGAGAUGAAAGAAUCCAGGUAAUCCACUGAUAAUCUGUAUUUUCAUAUAAUGAUUGUUUUGCACCAUUAGCUGUUUCCAUUCUGGUUACUUAUCAUAUUAACAUGGUUAACAGCUCGCAGUGUUAUUUUACUCCAGAUUGUUACAGCGCUACUUAUCCCAUAAAAGCCUACAUGAUGAGUUGUGUUUGAAGUAGCUGUGUUAGUAGGGGGAUGAUUUAUUUUCAUUUUGCCGAUGUAAGACAAGAUAAUGGAUGCAUGUAUUUAUUAAUGAUGGAAUGUCUGCUCAUUUGUUUUUGCAUUCAUUUAAAUGUAGCACAGCUUCAUUUGGUACAGGAACUCUCCUUUUGAAUGAUUUCAUGUUACUCAGAUCUAAAGCAUUUAGCAGGCUCUUUUUAGGAUUUAAAAUGUUUGAAGGUUGUGUGUGUGUGGAUUAAGUUAUAAUGAAAAAAAGAACAAAAGCAUUUGCUCUCAGUAUUUCAUUAUCUCGUGAUGACAGAAGGUUUCAGACAAACUGCUGUAGAGUUACUUUAUACAGCUUCAGUUUUACUUCUGAAUGAAGAGUGGAUUUUGCACUUUGCUUUUGUUAGUGAUUAUUUUUGUGUAUAUUUCAGCCAAUAAGACUCAGUAUUCAGUAAAGUGGACACAAAUACAUGUUUGCUUUUGAGAUUAAAAUUUCAUCCUUGACUUUAAACACAGUAGUUGACAAAAUGUCACCACAAGGUUCGUCCCUUUAGGAGCUGUUGUGGAGCUUUCGAUCAUAUCCACGACAGCUGAGCAAACUCAGUCUGCUGAGAGUGUGUGUGUGGUGUGAUGUGAUUGACAGCUCCCAAACAGCCACCUUAAUAGACCUUGUGGUGAGAUUUGAAAAUUAUUUAACAGCCUGCUCAUUUCUAGGUCACCUUGACUAUUUCAGCAUUUUGGGCGAAACUAGUAAUAGUAAAUACAAUCGUGAUUCCAAAAAAGUUGGGAUGUUGUGUAAAACAUGAAUAAAAACAGAACGC